UAAACAAACUUGGCAAAUCCAAUGCAAAAGUUUCGUCGCAGUGCUGUGAAAUUUAUUAUUUUUGGUUAUUCUUCUUAAGUUAAGCGUGUGUUCUGUUCGGUAAAACGGAAUACAUCACGCGGAGGUCAAAUUGCAUUCGCCAUCCCUUCAAUGCCGUGCGUAAAACAGUCUGUUCAUGAUUGAAAACUAGGCAGCACAAAGUACAAAGAAACUCCCAACACCCGAGAAGUAAUUGUACCACGCACAAAAAUGCAGGAUAAUCGACCAGAGCUGUACGAGGAGGUGAAGCUCUACCGGCAGGCGAGGGAGCGAGAGAAGUACGACAACAUGGCCGAUCUGUUCGCUCUGGUCUCUACGCUGCAAAAUCUGGAAAAAGCAUACAUCCGGGAUUGCAUUACGCCGCAGGAGUAUACGGCCGCCUGCUCGAAGCUGCUGGUACAGUACAAGGUGGCGUUCAAGAUUGUGCAGGGCGACGAGUUUCCGACGAUCGACUCGUUCGUGAAGAAGUUCCGGCUAGACUGUCCGGCUGCGCUAGAGCGCAUCAGGGAGGACCGUCCCAUUACCAUCCGGGACGACAAGGGAAACACGAGCAAGUGCAUUGCCGACAUUGUGUCCAUGUUCAUCACACUCAUGGACAAGCUGCGGCUCGAGAUACGGGCGAUGGAUGAUUUGCAGCCCGAGCUGCGCGAUUUGCUGGACACGAUGAACCGGCUCUCGCUGAUUCCGGACAACUUCGAGGGCAAGGAGAAGGUCUCGAACUGGCUGGCCACGUUGAACACGAUGCAGGCGUCCGACGAUCUAACGGAGGCGCAGGUUCGCCAGCUGCUGUUCGAUCUGGAAUCGUCCUACUCGGCAUUUAACAAUCUGCUUCAUACCACAUAAUGCGUCGGAAUGGGUUGGACCAGCAUUUCCUUGUGACUGUAAAUAGGAACAUAAGUCAUAGGAUUGUAAGGAACACACGCGAACAAAUGGACAGGUCUUCGAGCGUAUUAGAACAAGGUUAACAGGAUCUAGCACAGAACGGGAUGUGGCUGGAAAGCCAAUAAAAGGAGGGAUUGAGUUGAGGCAGGGUGUAGGAGUGCGCAUAUUUUUACCCAAAACUUAUAAGAAAUAUAUAUACUGUUUAAUUGAAA